AUAGUCGCUGCACCGUUCUUCUGCCUCAACAGACAACGCGUUUCUGUCUUUUGCUGAAUCCCCCGAUGGAUUCAGCCUGAUUGAUCGUAAUGAGUUUUGGUAACUCAAACAUGGAUGGGAGUGCACUGGGAGCAACCUUUUCUCUGCUGCUUCUUGCCUCUAUUAUUCAAGGGUUCCAGGUUGGUGCGGGGUUGCAUUAUGACGAGGAAGCUGCAGUCGGCCAGAGUAUUACCUUACGCUGCAGCAUAAAGAACUAUACUAAUCUCAAGCUCUCCAAUAUAGAAUGGAGCAAGAAAAAUGGCAUAAAGCUGGUCGUUUACAGCUUCGACUAUGGAGAAUAUCGGUUUCAGCAUAAUCUCACCCACCAAAUUGAAUACAAUGACACAUACCAGAAGGUGUACUCCUACCUGCACCUUCCAGAGAUGCGCAAACAGGACAGUGGAACCUACAUUUGUGACAUUUCAACUUAUCCUUUGGGAACAUUGAGAACUGAAAUAAAGCUAACAGUUGAAGAUGAGAUUACAGUAGAAUGCAAUAUGGAAAACACCAUUGAGGUCUAUACUGGAGAAAAUGUGACUAUUGACUGCAACACAUCAUUUCCCAAUGCACAGUACAGGUGGGCCAAGAACAUGAACGUGUUGUCAGACAAUGAAUCCCUCAAGCUCCGGAUGGUGACUGAUGCAAAUGCGGGCAUUUAUACAUUGACUGUCAAAAGAGGGAAGAAAACUCUGAAUAAAGAGUUUAUCAUCACAGUGCUACCAGCGAGCACAAGCUGGAGGACAGACAUUUCCACGGUGUCGUCUCAGCAUCAGGACCAAACAACAACCAGGAACUUUGAAACAACAGCGACGACAAAUACUACUAAUAAUAAAAGCACCAGCAGUGUUACGACGGCACUGGAAGAGCUUUCAACCACCUCCACGAAUCCACCUUAUACCACUGUUACACCGUCCCCCGUCCCACGCAGUCACUUACCAAACACAACCACACCCAGCUAUGAUGGAACCACACAGGAAAUGAGAAGGAAUCAGACCGAGCUGCACACACCUCACACACAGGACACACUCUCAACGAGGCCAGAGGAGUCCAGCUCCUCUGGAAACGUCUCAUCUGAAAAACCCGAAGCAGCCCAAACUGUGAGCGAGGGAAGCAAAACAACAGUCACUCAGCUAAAGGUCACGGACAGUAAAGAUACCGAACGGGGGCAUCUGCUGCUGCUCCUAAUCAUCAUUCCGGUGCUGGUAUUGAUUGCUGUGGCUGGGUUUCUUUACAGAAGACAGGCUAUAAAAAGCAGAAUGGAUCUGCCGCCUCCGUUCAAACCUCCUCCACCUCCAGUCAAGUACACAGCUCCCAGACACUGCCAGACUUCCACUCAGCCUCUCUACACUUAGAGGUGUGACUCGAUAGAAAAGCAUAAAGACAUCAGUUAUUAUGUGACAAACUGUGCAUGAAAGUGCGCUAAUACUGUUGAGUGAGCUCUGCUGAAGCGUGCAGCCUUAAAAAAUGUACUGCUUACAUUGGUCAGUUGUUUAUUUGAGGAACGCUGAUAUUGAUGCGUGAUUGUGAAUAAAAGGUUUUUCUUAAUGGUUUUCUGAUACUUUGUCAUCAAUAUUCUGAAACUGUUGUUCCGUGUGUAGCAUUUUCUCCCACCUCUGUGAAUAAAAGUUGUUUUUUGUCA